GUAUUAACAGGAAUAUCUGAAAUGCUUUCUGGCUUUGCAUCAUGUCAACCAAUAGCUUUUGUUUUUUGUGGUAAUUUUUGUUCUACAGCUGCUCCAGAAAAUGAAAAGAAUCUUAUUGCUGUUUUAAUUUCAGGAGGCUUUCAUGACCUAGCUGAAAUAAUAAAGGAAAAAACUCAAGUUCAAAAUCAGUUGGCUAAAACACAAUUUAUUUUUAUUCCUGGACCAGAUGAUCCAUCGCUCAGUGGCUUUUUGCCGAAGCCACGACUUCCUUCAUACCUUGUUGAUGUUUUCAUGGAUAUUCCCAACUGUAAAUUUUCUUCAAACCCAUGUCGAAUUCAAUAUGCAUCUCGCGAAAUAACGAUUAUACGUCAAGAUAUUAUUGAGCGAAUGAGCAGGAACAGCAUUCAUGUACCAUCUGAUGCAGUUGAUAUUGCGAAUCAUUUUUGCCGUACUAUUGCAUCUGUUGGUCAUUUGGCUCCUCUACCUCUGAAUGUUUCACCAGUAUUGUGGCAAAUGGAUCACUGCUUAACAAUUUUUCCUCUUCCUGAUUUGGUUGUCGUCGCUGAUCGGUUCCAGUCAUUCGCUAUUAAUCAGCAUGGUUGUUUAUUUGCUAAUCCAGGCUCUUUCGCUCGUUCAGGACUAGACUUUUAUGUAUAUUAUCCUGCUUUAAAUGAAGUUGAAUUAAGCCGAAUACCUUCAUAA